AAAGCUCCACCACUGAUUGGUCGUUAUGUUCCAUUUGCGGCUGUUGCCGCUGCCAACUGUAUUAACAUUCCAAUGAUGAGGAUGAGGGAGCUAGAGAAUGGUAUCACAGUUAUGGAUGAGAAUGGUAAUAAAUUGGGAGUAAGCAAAGCAGCUGCUAGAAGUGCAAUAGCUCAGGUUGUCUUCUCUAGAGUUGCCAUGGCAUCACCUGGCAUGGGCAUCCCACCAAUAAUAAUGGGUAAAUUGGAAAAGAAGCCAUUUCUACAACAAUAUAAAUUCAUGAGAGCACCUGUACAAGUAGGAUUGGUUGGUCUAUGUUUGAUAUUUGCCACUCCAAUGUGUUGUGCACUCUUCCCACAGAAAAG